GAAUCGUAUCUAAGGAAGCUUAGGUAAGUACAGAUUAUAUCUUACUAUUUUACCUCUUGAUCUCUCAAGCUAGAUGCACAUCUGAAGUGUAUGGGUCUCGUGCCGUCUAAAGCAUAAUGACCAACCGUAGCAGAAAUGAUAGAAUCAAACUCUGUAAAAUAACUGACCGAAGCUGACAAUACAAGACAGACGGUAAUUUCCAUUACUUACCAUUCAUUACGCCUGGUAUGUUCUAAAGUGUACAAGCUCACAUCCAUCCCUGGCAUCCCAUGCCUUUGGAGGGAUUAGUGCUAAUUGCGGAGUUACAUAGUUGUAUUAAUGCAGAGUCCACUCGCACAUCGUCACUCUUUCCCACGCUGAACAAAUCACCCCACUGGCGACAGGGGGUGUAUAUGUAGGUGGAGCCUGGCGUUUGGACCCUUUUCUAAGAUUGAACAAAAGAGGUGCAAAUCUGGAGUCGAUGUAAUUUAGCCUGCUCUGUUCUGUGUCUCAUAGACGCCGCCAUCUUCGACCGGGAAACCGGGCUAGAUCGCGAAUACUGGCAGACAUGGCCGUGUGGGAAACCGAAGACGAGUUGAGCAGUGUUGCGGCUUCACCACUGCCAGCUCCCACUGAGACACCUUACCGGACGCCCUCGCGAAACUCAAAGAAGUCGCGUCGUUCUGCUACUCCGCCGGGGGGUUCGUCUUCCCCUCCUCCCCCGUUGCCACAGGAUAAGAUGGAGAAGAAGAGCAAGCGAUUGUCGAAAGAUGUAAAGACCGACGAAAACAACAGCAUUUUCGACCCUCGCCGAUUUACACCUACCCUUCAUGCGAACCUGGUGUCGGAGAUUCUGUCCUUACGAAGGGACCAAGAAGAGAAACUCAAGAUAAUCGAAAGCCUUGAAAGCUCACUACAUGCUACUCAGGAGGAACAGGAGUCUCUCCAGACCAACCUAUCCAAUACUUCCAAGGAGAGCAGGUCUUUGAAGCGACAAUUAUCCCUGCUCGAAGGAGGGACUUCGUCAGCUAUAGGCGAGUUAGCAAAGGAACGUGAUGAAGCUGUCGACGCGAUAACCGAGACUAGGAGACGGCUCGAAGCUGCACAGAAGAAAGUCCGGACGCAAGAGGAAGAUUCUCAGAGAGUCCAUGAUCUCUGGGCUAAGGAGAAAGAUGAGUGGGACGAAGAAAGGCGCCGAUACGAGCGAAAGAUACAUGUUGCCGAGAGCCGUCUCAGAGUCGUUCUAGAGGAGGUUGCCAAUUUACAGGCAGCACAAAUCAACGGGAAUCAUGAUAAACCCGAGAGUGACACCGAGAAGGAAAAUGAUGGCGUUAGCGUACGAACAAUGAGCAUGACCAAUAGCGUCCGGUAUUCGGUGAUGAGCGGACCCGGCUUUGGCAAGAUGAACGGAUACAGUCUUGCCGAUGAGCUCAACUUCGACGACGACGAUGAUUACCAGACGGAUCCGGAUGGUCGCCAAAGUGUACUCUCGCUUGCAAGACACAACCGAAAUCAAAGUCGAGAUAGUAUUAUGUCUAAAUCUCAUCGACGUAACCAGAGCAAUGAUAGCCAGAUACGACCGGGUAGCAUUGUACGAAGUAGACUGUUUAUGAACCAAACCGUACUCGAUAGGCUCGAAGGUGGAAUUCGCGAAGAUGACGAGAACUCUGUGGUAUCUCAGAAGGUACAGUAUACUGACACGGGUGUUCAAUUCUCACCACCACCAUCUCCUAGGGCAGUACCGGCAAAGCCAGCAACGCCAGAGCCUGUCUUGAAAAGUGAGAAGCAGAUGGGCUUAGAAAGUCCAUCUCGAGUUGAGGGUGAGAUUGAAGCAAACCAGAGUCGCAAGAGGGUAUAUGUGAACAAGCCAGGACUAAUGGAGUCACCUAAAACAAAACCGAUGGUAUCAGCCGCAUCUCAGACAUCGGAGAAAGCGCCCUUACUCGUCACAUCUCAACCAGUAAUCGUGGAGACGAAGCCCGCUGCCGCCACGAUUUUGAUAUCGGCUGCCACUCAAACAGAACCCGUCGUGCCUAAACAACAGCUAGUUACUCCCCCACUUUCGAUACCGAGCAUUAGCAUAGUUCCACCAACUAGUCGACCGUCGAGUCCGCGUGAGCAUCGUUUACCUCAGUACGUCAAAGACUUCGGAUGCCAGGUUUCUAUCUUGCAGUCGAAUCCCAUGAGGUCGAUUUCUGUGCAGACAGAUGAGAUCAGGGUUGACAAGAGGCUUGACAAAUUACCGCCACAUCUUCAUCCGUCUGCGAUCUCUUCAAGACCUUCGUCCCCUACUACCACCACUCCUAUUACUGCGACGGCCGAUGAGAGCAAAAAUUUCACACCGGUGCCUGGACACAUUCCUCCGCGAAACCCACGUCGCCUCGAAAGUAACAGACGAAGCUUUUCGGCCGAAUUGCCUACUUCGCCACCAGCAUCGCCCACCGUCGACGGCUUAGAAACGCGGGACGCAUAUCCUGGCAACAACGAUGAUGGUCCGUUAUCUAGUGCUAAGGCCCCCGUUAGGCGACCGCAUCGUAUAAGUAGCCUAUUCGCGGGCUUCGAUGUUCAAAGCUCAGAUGAACAGGACGAGUUUGGUGAGGACCAGAGCGACUCCGAAUACCGUACUGCACUUGCCCCGAGACCUAAAACUGGCCCUAGUAAACCUAACAAGCGAGUAGCAUCAAGCGCAGCCUCUGCUUCUCCCGAACAAGGUAAAGCCGCCGUUAGACAAUCGACGAGUAUCCUGAGCAAGAUCGGAGUUCCAGAAGUUUACAGUAGUUUCCGCCUCGCUGAGGCCCCAGAGGGUCUAACACGAAAACUGUCUCCCAAGGUGGCCACUGGAGCAGCCGGUAGACCGUUAGCAUACAGUACGGGUUCCCGAGCCAGCGUUAUGCGAAAAUCAGCAAUGAUUCAGAGCGGUAUUGCUUCACAUCAAGGCCAUUCGCGGACCCCCGACUUGCUCGAAUCGAAGGACCCCCCGUUCCCAAUUCCUACGAGAGCGAGCUCAAGGAAGCCACCGUUUAGCGUUAGUGCCCCGAGCGACGGCCAACGUAGUCCUACCUACAAUGGCGAACAUUGGCCUCGUAGAGGCAGGAAAGCUAGCGUGUAUAGGACCAGUAGCAUCCGCAAAGCCCGUUCAGCGGCAGCGAUACCCCAGAACCAGAGGCCCAGAAGACGUGGUAGCCGUUCGCCACCACCGCCCAUGUCUCCCUCGGAAGAGGCCCCUGAAAGCCCGGGUCUCCCGCCACUGCCGACCAACGACAUCACCAGCCCUCGACGGGAGCGUGGCGGGUCUCGAUACCGUAGCCAUAGAUCUCAGCCUUCGACCAACACUGCAAACACCGAAAAUACGAACACGGGUUCCGUCGGUAGCAACCAACAAUCAUCAAGUGUGGUAGAUGCUAUCGCGCAGACAAUGGUUGGCGAAUGGAUGUUCAAGUAUGUUAGAAGACGUAAGUCUUUUGGUGUAGCCGAUGGUGCCGGCCGCGGGGAGGAGAAUAGCAACGACCGUCACAAGCGGUGGGUAUGGCUCGCGCCUUAUGAACGCGCGAUCCUGUGGAGCAGCAAACAACCUGCAUCUGGCAAUGCGUUAAUGGGCAAACCAGGCCGGAAGCUGACCAUACAAUCUGUGCUCGAUGUAAAGGAUGACAAUCCCCCACCCAAAGGCAGCACCCAGAUCUUCAAUCGCUCUAUCCUUAUCUUAACACCACAGAGAGCAUUGAAGUUUACCGCCACAACAGCUGAGCGUCACUACCUUUGGUUGACAGCACUGUCAUUCCUGGCGCAUUCACAGCAAGAUGUCCCCGAGAUCAUCCCAACAGCUAACUCCCCAAAUAUCGGCCCGGCGCCAGACUUCGAAGCGCCUCAGAUAAAAGCUAAAAGGGGCGGCAUUCGUGACUCGAUUAGGCUAACGAAGGGAAAGAAUCCUGCUUUGAUGGCCCGCCAUGACCCUGUUACGACCACCAAUCAUCUAGAGGAAGCCCUAUCAGCCCAACAAGAGACGUUCCCUCCGAUACCUGCUCAUCAGCGUGACCUGUCGCACGACGCAGCGGAACCCCCCUUCAUCCCGCGAUUCCAUGAAAGGUCACAUGAACGAGUACAUGAACGGGCAAACCAGGUUAUUCUUCACGGUCGUAAGAGGAGUAAUACUGGUGGCCACAUCCCCCCGCCGCUCUCGUUCCGAGGCUUUUCGGGACCGGCAAGCCAUAGCAGCUCCUAUCAUGCCUCGACCAACAGUACCGCGGGUAACAGCGUGGAUACGGCGGGCUCGUCUGAUAUCUAUCAGUCGCAGGGAUCCAGCAACAUGACCUGGGGUAUGAGCACCGCUGGUUCCCAACGAACGUCGGAAGCAUCAUCUCGACCACCAGGUAACUUCUUCGAAGCGAUCGGCACCGUGCGGAUGGAGGCUUUUAUUAGCCCGUUGGCAUUCCCGCGAUUCGAAGACCAUCCAGACGAGCUAGAGGAGUGGCGAUACAGAGCCCGUCGACGGAGUAAAGAAGCUCGUCGUCGCCGUAGCCGAAGCAGACAUCGGGAUAGCUACGCUUCUCGUGGCACGCGCGGCACAGAUUCUUAUCAUUCCGGAAGUAGGGCAGGAGAAGAAGAUUACUUCCGAGAUGAUCCAUUUAAGGGAUUUUAAUAAGGUCGCUUGUCCUUUUAGUGCUUGUGUUGUGCGCGGAGAUACCCUCAAAUUCAUCGCAUUAGAUGAUACCAUUCGUUUAGCAAACAAGGAGGUCAGGGAUUAUUUAUAUAAUACGGUUUGUUUUUGUUGGUGUUUUGGAGUUUUAUGCGUCUUAUACUCUUGUAGAUAUUGCCGAAAUCUCGGUGUACGAGUACGACCUGGGUUUCCUUGUCUCAGAUUCUUCUACUUCUUUCAACUUGUAACUCGUUUGUCAUUUGUCAUUUGUCAUCUUAUAUAUCGGAAAUUAGUCGUUGAUGCUCGCAGUCUUCCUCUCUGUCGAGUAUUUCUUGUACAAUAAUUUCAGCUAGUUCUCAGACUAUGUUAUGGGGUUGGAAAAUGGAAGGAGUUGGAUGCCUAAGGAUAGGAUCUGAACAAGGACCAAACAGGAUUGGAGGGUGGUUAGGUAGCCCGAUGUUAUUACCAAGGCAAGGAAAGCAACCUUAGAUGAGCGAUUGGCUUGGGUCUCAGGACCGAUUCUGGGGUUAAAAAAUAGUUGGCUCAAUGGGGUUGUUGGCAUAUUAUCUGAGGAUAGAUUUAAUCUCUAGCUAGAAGGAAAUAAGGAUGAAAUAUCCUGAAUACUGUUGUGUUUAUUCUGAUUUUGAUUUGAAAUGUUCGAUGUAAAG